UAGUCCAUAGAGGCGAAACUCUACCUAGUUCGUAGUUCUGCGGCAGCAAGUGUAUAUGUAGUUGAAGCCCCGCAAACCAACUUCCGCAGAAGACCUUUCUAUCGGUGAAACGACCAGAGGAGUUAGGAAUGGGCCAGGCAUUGCGCCGAGCCUCAGGACGAGUCCGGAGUUCGAGUCCCGUGGCAGCGCCCACAUCGGUUUCGCAUGUGAAGAAGAAUGUCGAGGAGCGGCGGCCACCGGCGGUUCCUGUUGAUUCAACGAAGAGCAGCGAAGGUGGAGCCACUGGAGUUCCCGAUUCAGUGGACGUUUCGACGGUGAACACUGAAAAUGUCCUUGAAGAGCGAGACCCACAAUAUGAUGCUAUGCUUAGUCAGAUGAUGGGUAGAAUUACAUCAAAACCUGGAGGGAAACUUGAAAUGGGUGAGGCAUUUGUUGCGGAGAAGUAUAGUCGCCCCAUGCCUAAGUUGCGGGAUACAAAGCCAGGAUCAGGACGGUAUGAAGAAACGCCUGUUCCUCCAGGAACUUUGAAUGUGGCCCAGCUUCGGCAAAUCAUUCUUCUGCAUGAGGGCAAGGCUGAUGACCAUGAUGGCCCUAUGGAUAUCCACCAGAUCGCCAAGAAUUUCCGGGUCGAUACAGAGCAGGUUCAGAAGAUCUUGCAAUUCCUAUCACUACCUCCAGAAGACCACAGCAAACAGAAAGACAGGCCCUGAUUAUACGUAGCCUUAAGUUUCUUUUGCUCUCCUAAGAAUUCCAAAUGAUGGGGCACUUUUCAAACU